AUGGACCACAUAAUCACGGUGAUUAAAGGGAAGGUGGAGGACGUGGAGCUGCCAGAGGGGGAGAAGGUGGAUGUGAUUAUAUCGGAGUGGAUGGGCUACUUCCAGCUGUACGAGUCCAUGCUCGAUACAGUGCUGUUCGCCAGGGACAAGUGGCUGAGCUGGCAAUUUUCAGCUAUAUGGGAGUGGAUGGGCUACUUCCUGCUCUACGAGUCCAUGCUCGAUACAGUGCUCUCCGCCAGAGACAAGUGGCUGGUGCGUUAUUAUGCAGAUGUCUGGCAGUCAGUGUACGGGUUUGACAUGAGCUGCAUUCGAGACAAGGCCAUGCUGGAGUCCCCCAGGUAUGGUCCCCUCACCAUGUGUCCACUCUCCUCUCCCCUUCCUCCCCAUCCCCCUGCAUCUCUUCCCCCAGUCUGGCAGUCAGUGUACGGGUUUGACAUGAGCUGCAUUCGAGAUAAGGCCAUGUUGGAACCUUUGGUCGACACUGUGGAUGCCGAGCAGAUCGUCACCAACGCUUGCCUUGUUAAGAUCGUCACCAAUGCGUGCCUUGUCAAGGUGAGGACUAGGGGGGCUCAUAAACCUCUCUCUCACUCUCGGUACAAGGUCAUGUUGGAGCCUCUGAUCGGCACCGUGGUCGCUCGACAUCAGCAAGGUGACAAGGGGCGACCUGUCCUUCUCAGUGCCAUUCAAGCUCGUAGCAGAGAGGAACGACUUUGCGUGGCCUACUUUGAUGUUGGCUUCACCAAAUGCCACAAGCCCAUCGGCUUCUCAACAGGGCCCAAGAGCCGGGGCACACACUGGAAGCAAACGGUGCUAUAUUUGGAAGACACCCUAACCAUGUGUGAAGGGGAAGCGGUAACUGGAACCAUGCAAGUGAAGCCCAAUGCGAAGAACCCUCGCGAUCUAGACAUAACUGUGACUUACAAGUUUGAUGGUCGUAGAGGUAAGGCAUCGCGCACCCAGCACUACCGCAUGCGGUGA